CAUCGUAUUAGAAGACAAACUGGGUUUCAUUGAUAGCUAUGCUUAGCGGUGACUUUUUAGUUUUUCAACUUAUCCCAAAGAGUUCUGGCGGAAAACGCCAGCCACAGAAUUUCGCCAAAGAAGUCAGGCGUAAACCAAGACUUCAUUAAGUCCCGCUCACCGUAAAACAGUGAAAAAAAAAGCGGGCAGAGCUAGUAAUAGAUUGAAUUUAGGCCAAUGACCAAAGAUGAUCCUAAACUUAUAACUGCCGUAGAGCAAAAAGCCAACGAAGCAAUUGAAGAUAUCUUAUCCAAAAAAAAGGCGGCUCUCGGAGAUGGACAGGAGGUCUCCGAAGUUCGUGAAGCGGUAGAACAGGACUUUAACAUCACAACUAAAGGGGAAGAAUUCACAUUAAUCAAACAGAUGGAAAUGGAAGCGGGAGCGCCGCAAAAGGCUUGCCCCGCAACCAACUCCACGUUGAAUGAAAUAAAGGAUCAUCAAAGUCAAAAAGUAGAUGGGAGGGGAGGGGGGAACCCUCAAGACGAGGUACCUAAAGAAGGAACGUCUUCUGAAUCUAAGAAGAGAGAGGGAGAUAGCAAAAAUGAUGAUGAUCCCCCUUCCUCUGCACAAGAGUCUUUCUCUAGUGCACUAGACUCUUUUUUCGAUUAAAGCAAAUAUGCUUUUGGUUGUACAUUUUUCUCCCAUGUUUUCCGUUGGUCUCCGUAAGUAACUCAGUGAGUUCUUUCUAAGAAGGGCUUGGAAAAAGAAAAUGAAAUACGAACAACCGCGCUGGUCGUAAUAGAUCGACUUUCAUGCUAGUUCUUGCUCCAGCAUGAAAGUUCCUUUUCAGGGAAGGACGACGUACCAUGAUACUUUCUGUUUUGUCGAGCCCAGCUUUGGUCUCUGGUUUGAUGGUUGCACGUGCUAAAAAUCCGGUACAUUCCGUUUUGUUUCCCAUCCUAGUCUUUCGCGACACUUCAGGUUUACUUCUUUUGUUAGGUCUCGACUUCUCCGCUAUGAUCUUCCCAGUAGUUCAUAUAGGAGCUAUAGCCGUUUCAUUCCUAUUCGUUGUUAUGAUGUUCCAUAUUCAAAUAGCGGAGAUUCACGAAGAAGUCUUGCGCUAUUUACCAGUGAGUGGUAUUAUUGGACUCAUCUUUUGGUGGGAAAUGUUCUUCAUUUUAGAUAAUGAAACCAUUCCAUUACUACCAACCCAAAGAAAUACGACCUCUCUGAGAUAUACGGUUUAUGCCGGAAAGGUACGAAGUUGGACUAAUUUGGAAACAUUGGGCAAUUUACUUUAUACCUACUAUUCUGUCUGGUUUUUGGUUCCUAGUCUUAUUUUAUUAGUAGCCAUGAUUGGGGCUAUAGUACUGACUAUGCAUAGGACUACUAAGGUGAAAAGACAGGAUGUAUUCCGACGAAAUGCUAUUGAUUUUAGGAGGACUAUAAUGAGGAG